ACCACAUCUCCAAAUUAAGGUACAGUUCAGCCUUUGGAUCUAGAGCUUACUGUGUCUCCAGAACCCACUGUGAAGGUUGAACAUUCUACUGCCCCACCAACCACAACAUCUCCUCCAAAGGAAGUUACAGUGCAGCCUUUGGAUCUAGAGCUUACUGUGUCUCCAGAAAGCACUGUGAAAGUCGAACAUGCUACAGUCCUGAAGACCACCACAUCUCCUCCAAAUUAA